CUUGCAACCGAGACCGUCCUCUAUGCCGUGGGAGCGAUGAUGCUUCUCACGUUUCCGGCGCCAUACCUGCUUGCCUCUCUCUACACGCUCUGCACCGGCAUGGACGUCAUCUCGCGCGUCGCAUGGAAGGACGACGUUCACGCCGAAUCCACCAACGCGCUCGCAACGCUCCAAGCGUCGAUGGCCCACCACUUGGCGCGCAGCUGGUCGAGCUACAACUACCUUCUCUUGCUCUGCGCGAGCUGGUAUAUCCUCGCGGUUCUCUUGGUCGUUGACCUCCCAGCGCCAGUCGAGAUUGGCGUCUUGGUCCUCGGUGCGCCGCUCGCCUGCAACAGCGCCUACCACAGCUUCGUACGUCGACAGAUUGAGCUCGAAAAAAUGCAGUGGGCUGUCGUGCGCAACGCGAUGGCCAAAGGCGAGUUGGCAGCGCAGACGGUGCUGAACGAUAUGACAAAGCCCAAGACCACGUAACAUAAUUGGGGACUCAACCAUAAGACCGAUAAGAAACAAACGUGUUGC